CACGCUACUGGAGUACUAGCUGCUAAUGGCGAGUCCAAGUCGGUGCGCAGCCGGAGCCUCAAGAGUCCCCGGGCCGUAAGAAAGGUAGUUGGCGACUCGGUGUCUUCCCCAUCCAUCGUCACCUCCUCGUUAUAAAAAGUAGCAAGGCAACGCAUGUGUGUUCAAACCUCUUCAGGUUGUCCCAGUCCUUCAGCUCCCCUCUCCACCUUCUUCUUCCUCUGCCCCGCCUUCUCUCGACGCCAUAGCUUUCUCCUCGAGCGCGUGCGCCAUGGCGAGAUCACGAGACACCAGGCUCAGGCUCAGGAUCAGGCUCACGCUCCUCCUCGUCGCCCUUCUCCUGCUGGUGGACAUGGCGAGCGUCAGCCAUGGCCGAUGGACACCAGACGUGGACGUCAUGGCCAUCAUCGGCGGCGCUCCGCCACCGGCGAAGGGAUACUCCUCCAAGCAGCGUACACAUCAUGUUUAUCGGCGCAUGCACACGGUGUCCAAGAGGUUGGUGCCCCAGGGGCCGAACCCACUGCACAACUGAUGAGCUGCUCCAGCUGAGAGAGACUUUCUUCUACCCUGCAAGAGGAGAAUUAGAGUCAGAGAUGCAGUUUGUGCUUGCGGUCAACUUCAUCGGGUGAUGUGAAAUAGAACACCUAGGAGUAUACAAGUACUGUAUGUAAUAGUACUAUUUGGCACGUCAACAUGUGAAAUGGGACACCCCAAGACUUCAGCAUGUACUGAAACGUAUGCAAAUGUGUUUAUUAGA